CAGACAUCGAAGAACCUGGUUAUUCGUGAGGCUCUAAGUCUUUCCACCUUCGUUCAACGUUGUUACUCCUUUCCUGGCGUCACAACUCGCCAUGAUAACAUCGACAUUGUGAUCAUCCGCGAGAACACUGAGGGCGAGUAUAGUCGACUAGAGCAUGAAAAUGUUCCUGGCGUUGUGGAGUCUCUUAAGAUAAUUACAGCCAAAAAGUCUAGGAAAGUUGCCCAAUUCGCAUUCGAAUAUGCCGUUAAGCACAAACGCCGGUUGGUAACUGCUGUUCACAAGGCAAAUAUAAUGAAGCUAAGUGAUGGUCUUUUCUUAAACGUUUGUUCUGAAGUGGCCAAGAGCUUCCCACAAAUCGAAUUCAACUCGAUGAUUAUCGACAACUGCUGUAUGCAACUGGUGAGUCGUCCUCACCAAUUCGACAUGAUGGUGCUGCCCAAUCUCUACGGCAAUAUCGUUGGUAAUGUGGCCGCUGGGUUGGUCGGGGGUCCGGGCUUGGCGUGUGGUAUGAAUCUGGGCGACAAACACGCUCUUUUCGAGACGGGCACACGCAAUUCUGGCCGCUCAUUGGUCGGCAAGAAUGUUGCCAAUCCUUUCGCAAUUCUGCUCACCAAUGCUGACAUGCUUGGAUACUUGGUUCAUAUUUUCUGUGUUUAUGCCCAUUAUGGGGAGAAUUCAUGGGCCGGAAGUGGAUUUAGAGGCAGCUGUUUCCAUAAACAAACAAACAAACUUGCCUACGACCGUAGUUUGGACGUAGAUACGAAGACCAAGAUGUUGUGGCCAUCUCCUUUCGGUGUAUACAAAUUGUCUCCGCAACUUGAUCGCAUUGUGAGGACGACUUAG